AUGACAGCCACAAACACCCACACACCAACCCUCUCAGUCAUAACACGCGUCCCCAUCCCCGCCAGGGUUGAUCCCAAGGCCGUCCUCGCGAGCCUCCACGCCUACGAGCCCCUCAUCAAAGCCAACCCCUACGUCGCCCACUUUGAGCAGCGGCACCUCGAUGUCUCGGAAGUCGUAGAUGAUCCCCUGUUUCUCGAAUCUGGCACCAAGCUGCAGGCCUUUAUAGUGGUGGAUCGGGUCCCUGUCAUUCCUGGUCUCGGCGCCUGGGGCACCAAGGAGGUGGGCAUCCCGUGUGUAAUGCAGAGCUUUGACCAUGGCGUCCGGGUUCGAGCCAAUGCCCAGGCAGGCGUGGUGGUGAGGAGCAGUUACGAAGUCAGGAGGAGGGGGGAGGUGCAAGACGGCCCAGACUUGUUGCUUGGGCCUGGUGACGAAGGAGAGUGGGAGCUGGUGGAAAUCGCGGGAAUCGACUGCAACUUUUUCGUCAAACACUUUGUCAGAUCCAGGUUUUCGAGUGCGCAUCAGGAAAUCCUGCAGAGGGUCGUGGAUGGCGUCGCCAGGAAAACUGAUGCUGCCGCUGCUGGGGUUAACACUGGUCCUGCUGUCGCAGAUGCUGGGACGCCGGCGGAGGCCUUGCCAGUGGUGUAG